CUUAUCAGUAUCACUGACCUUCAGAUAGUGUUAUGAAGCAUUUAGCAAUUAAAAGAGAUUGCUUUACAGGGGAAAUCAUCCUCGCAUUGAGCCAGCUCUGAAACCAUGCAGAAGGAAAGCAUCUACAUUUUUGAAGAUUUGCAUUUCCGUGAGUCAAGAAUCAUGAACAAGGAAGCUAAACAGAAAAUGACAGUGCAUUGCCCAACAGACUCAAACAGCAGGAAGAUAACUUUGCCAAAAAAUAAAUCUUGCCCAAACAUAUGUGCAGCAAUUAAUCUGGAUAUACAACCAAAAGAAAACAGAAGGAUUGUUCCUGCUCAUACCUAUUAUUCUAAAAACAGUGAUUUACGAUCUUCCUCCGAGAUGUCUGAGGAGGAAGAAGGUCAUUAUGAGACUGUAAGUUCUUCCACUCUGGAGACUCUCCAAGCUUUGAGAAUCCUUCCUGCCAAACCUCUACAAGAAUCCGAAUAUGCAGAUAAACGUUGUUUAAGGCCUUCAGGUACUGCUUCCUCAAUGAACAACCAGCAAACAUCUCAGCCUCCUCAAAACUCAGCUAAACCCACAUUUUUUCUGGAGGGGAAGAGUGUGCCUAGUGUUACAGGAGAAGGAGUCAAAACACACAGACCCCAGAAUCCUGUGCCACCCCCACGGCCUCUGAAGACACUGCCAAAGCAGUAUCAGCCACUUCCUCCAGAGCCAAAGACGAGCGGCCAGCUCUUUCACACGAGAAAAACAUUCAGCCAAGCUCACACUUUUCCAAUAUCAGCAAAAGUCACAAGACAUCUAUCUUUUAAGGAACUAAACGAAGCAUCUGGAAGAGAAAAAGUUACAGAUUUGGGGAAGAAACCUGAAAUAUCUUCUCAAGCACAAAAGUACAAACCAAAGGAUCAUCCUGAAGCUAGCCUUGAAUCUACAUGGCGCUCUGAAAACACUUGCAGCUCAGGAUCCACAUUAAAUGUAGAGAAUUUGUCAGUGAAGAAGUCACCACCUCCUGCACCGUACCCAUCAUGCAAAAAUAAAUCAAAACAGUCAAUUGUAAAACAGGAAAUGCAAUCUCUUACACAACCCAUUGGAAAGGAUUUAAACAAAUAUGAAUGGUACAUUGGAGAAUACAAUCGCCAUGAAGCAGAGAAGGCACUGUUACAGGAAAACACUGAUGGGACAUUCUUGGUUAGAGAUUGUUCAAAGAAAUCAAACGCUGAACCAUACGUUUUGGUUGUCUAUUAUGGAAGAAGAGUAUACAACAUUAAAGUACGUUUUCUGGAAGAGAGUCAACAAUAUGCACUGGGAACGGGGCUCAAAGGAGAUGACAAAUUUAAUUCUAUGGAAGAAAUGAUAGACUUCUACAAAUAUGUUCCAAUCACACUCAUUGACGGAAAAGAUAAAUCAGGAAUCCGGAGAGAACAAUGCUACCUUACAUAUCCAUUCAAGUUGUGUAAAAGAUAUUUUCUGCCUUAGUAUCACCAAUUUGUUCAUAGAGAUGAAAGUAGAAAAAUUAUUUAAAUGUGUCAAAAAUCAGAUUAGCCUUUGCACUAGGAGUUUCCCGUAGUAUUAUGAAACAUUGUAAAUGCUCCACUAAAAAAACUUCUUAUCAAUGAUUAUACAGAUCUACUCCGUUUUUUUUAUGCUUGGAACUUGUUUUUAACUUAGAAGAUACAGGUAAAGUAUAUGCCAUUGUUUUAAUUCACAGAAAAGUGUUAAGAGAGACCGAAUCCUAAUAUUUUGACAACAAUUGAGCAAUUUACUUAUCUUGCACUGUACCUUCUAAUACAAGACACCCAAACUCAGUCUUGCAUACCUAAGUGCCACUGAAGCUCAGUCAGUAGCAAAACCUAAUAAAACAUACUACAGUCAUAUAUAAAAUAGUCUUGCUUUUAAAAAUACCCAUGAAAUGCUAUUUACCCGAGUAUUCAAUGUUUAACUAUUUCAUUUAGCAUGCUUACCUAUAUGCCCAAUUACAAGCUGUGCUCAGCAGCCACUGAAGUCAUUGGGUGGUAUCAACUAGUGUUCAUAAGUCUCAGAGCAGAUUAUAAAGCUAGCUUUAUUCUAUUACUUAACUAACACUUAUUCUUUAGUUUAAGUAGCAGAUAGUUUUUAUUCCAUAUCUGAGCCUUCAAA